UUAAGAUAUCCUUAAAGUAAGAUACUUGGUAAUUACUAGUGGAUAGAUGCAGACGGUAUCAAACCAUAAGUCGAAGCGUGUGGGUAGUACUGUGCCUGUAUGAACCAAUCUGCCCCUCGCAUCUACUGACUCCUCCCCUUGCCCUAUCACUACUGCAUACACUAUUCAGGGUCCACGCAGCAUGGAAGUCGCCGUAAAAUAUAAAGCCUAUCACCAUCCCACAUCAUCUCUUCUCUCCCCUCUCUCAUCUUCCCUUACGACUUUUCCAGUCAUUUAGCACCGGUAAAGCGACUUCUGGAGUUUUGCGCUUGCCAUCCCGUAAUAAAGCUCCAACCCCAAUCCCAAAUUCUUAAAAGCAAAAAAAAGAAGAAAAGAACUGAAAAAGAAGGAAAAAAUCCAUAUCCGUCCCGUAGGCAACGAAGAGCAAGGAAUUUUCGUAAACCGUCCGUCGACGCAUCAUGACAUCUUCGCAAGACCGCUUUUCGCCAUCCGCGCCGGACGCGCCAGUCGGUGCACACGGUGGCGGCUCGGCUCCCGUCGCUCGAGGCGAUGGCGUACCGGCCGACGAGAUCGAGGGACCUCAUGGGACCGUCCAUUCGGACAAGGCGGGGGACGUCGAGACAGCGGACGCGGACGCGGCGUCGGUGACGGGGGGGACGGCGGCAGCUCCGGCGAGGGUGAAGGCGGGGAUCUUCACGUAUUUUCGGACGAGGCAGUUUUGGAUCGUGUUGGUGCUUGGACAGAUCCUGGCGCUGUGUCUUGUGGGCACCGGCACGUUCUCGAACUUGCUGGCCAACAAGGGGACGAACAUACCCGCCUUUCAGACGUUUUUUAAUUAUGUCCUGUUGAACAUCGUGUAUACGAGCAUCACCAUCUACCGCUACGGUUUCAAGAAGUGGGCGAACGUGGUUCUGAAAGACGGGUGGAAGUAUUUCAUCUUCGCCUUCAUGGACGUCGAAGGCAACUACUUCGUCGUCCUCGCCUAUGGCUACACCACUAUCAUGUCCGCGCAACUCAUCAACUUCUGGGCCAUCGUUGUCGUCGUCCUCAUCUCCCUCAUCUUCCUCCGCGUGCGCUACCACCUCACCCAAUACGUCGGCAUCCUUCUCUGCAUCGGCGGCAUGGGCGUGCUCAUCGCUUCUGAUCACCUCCAAGGCACCAACGGUGGCGCCGCCGCCGACCCCGUACGCGGCGACCUCUUCUGCUUGCUGUCGGCCACCUUCUACGGCCUGAGCAACGUGUUUGAAGAGUUCCUGAUCAGUCGCCGCCCCAUGUACGAGGUCGUCGGGCAGCUGGCCUUCUGGGGCAUGUUGAUCAACGGCGUGCAAGCCGCCAUCUUCGACCGCGCGUCCUUCCGCGCCGCCGUGUGGGACGGCCCCGUGUUCGGCUACCUCGUUGGGUACACGCUGAUCCUCUUCACGUUCUACUCGCUCGCGCCGGUUGUGUUUCGCAUGUCGAGCGCGGCGUUCUUCAACAUCGGGCUGCUCACGGCAAAUUUCUGGACCGUGGUGGUCGGGAUCAAGGUGUUUCAGUAUGCGGUGCACUGGAUGUAUCCGAUCGCGUUCGUGCUGAUUGUGAUUGGGCUGUUCGUGUAUUUCAUGGUCGAGGGCGGGUUGGGGGAGGCGAAGAAGCCGUGGUUGGGGGAGAAUCAGGAGAGGGGGGUGAGUGGGUUGGGGACGGCGAAGCGGAGGUUGGAGAACCCGGAGGUUACUGUCUAA